UUCCUCGAUCAAUCAAAGGAUAUUAUAUAUUUCUUUGUGUAAGAGAUGUUGGUGUUAAUGUGCAUUGGAACUUUGCUCCUUAUCUGCAUCACACAUUGGGUUAACAAAUGGAGAAAUCCUAGAUGUAAUGGUAAACUUCCACCAGGUUCAAUGGGGUUCCCACUUGUUGGCGAGACUCUUCAGUUCUUCACCCCCAACACUACUUUCGAUAUUCCUCCCUUUGUCAAAGAGAGGCUGAAAAGGUAUGGGCCAAUAUUCAAGACUAGCUUAGUGGGGCGACCGGUAAUUGUGUCGACUGACCCGGAUCUUAACCAUUUCAUCUUCCUGCAAGAGGGACAACUGUUUCAGAGCUGGUAUCCUGAUACAUUCACAGAGAUAUUUGGACGUCAGAAUGUAGGUUCAUUACAUGGUUUCAUGUAUAAGUACCUGAAGAAUAUGGUGCUUAACCUCUUCGGUCCUGAAAGCCUCAAAAAGAUGCUACCUGAAGUUGAGAACACAGCUUGCAGAAGGCUGCAAAGCUGGUCAAGUCAAGAAACUAUUGAAUUAAAAGAAGCAACUGCUAGUAUGAUAUUUGAUCUGACAGCCAAAAAGCUGAUAAGUUAUGACCAAGACAAUUCCCCGGAGAAUCUAAGGGAGAACUUUGUUGCAUUCAUCCAGGGGUUAAUCUCCUUUCCAUUGAAUAUUCCUGGAACAGCUUAUCACAAAUGUUUACAGGGAAGAAAAAAUGCAAUGAAAAUGCUGAAGGACUUGCUAAAUGAAAGGCGGUCUAUGCCGAGGAAACACCAAAGUGACUUUUUCAAUUUCGUCCUUGAAGAACUUCAGAAAGAGGGAACAAUACUCACAGAGGCAAUCGCUCUGGAUUUGAUGUUUGUGCUACUAUUUGCCAGCUUUGAAACAACGUCCCUAGCUCUAACUUUAGCUGUUAAAUUCCUUUCGGACAACCCUUCGGUGCUGAACACAUUAACAGAUGAGCACGAGGCAAUUCUACGAAACCGGGAAAAUACCGACUCUGGACUUACAUGGAAAGAAUACAAGUCAAUGAGAUAUACCUUCCAGGUGAGAGAGUUGUACUACUUCAUACUUCUAAUAGCAUUUAUCAAUUUUCAUAAGGGUGUUUACUUCCAUCUGAAAAGUGCAACUUGCAUGCAGUUCAUCAAUGAAACAGUUAGACUGGCAAAUAUAGUUCCAGGAAUCUUCAGAAAAACACUAAGGGAAAUCCAGUUCAAAGGAUAUACCAUUCCAGCAGGUUGGGCAGUAAUGGUCUGUCCCCCAGCUGUGCAUCUGAAUCCAGCAAAAUACCAAAAUCCGCUCACCUUCAAUCCAUCAAGAUGGGAGGGAACAGAAAUCAAUGGAGCCUCAAAGAAUUUCAUGGCAUUUGGUGGUGGCAUGAGAUUUUGUAUCGGAACAGACUUCACUAAAGUACAGAUGGCUGUGUUUCUCCAUUGCCUGGUUACAAAAUACAGGUGGGAAGCAAUCAAAGGGGGAAAUGUACUCCGAACUCCAGGUUUACAGUUUCCGGAUGGCUUUCAUAUUCAGCUCCUGGAGAAAACUAGAAUGGAGUAACUUCACUGAAACAAAGCAGAAACCAAUGUCAAGCCAAGUCAAAAUACCUGGCUAAGAAGCAAACAACAAAAUAUUACAACUUUGCAUUUUACCAUUCACUGUUGCUUUUUCCUUGGACUGCAGAAGAGGAUAACAGUUAUCGAUAUGUUGUAGAAAAUUUUAAAAAAUAGAGAGUUCAUUAUAUUUGUCA